CAACACAUAUAUCGAAUUCGUCCCCAUGCUCUGGGGCCAAAACCAAGCCAGCCAGUUUGCUUCAUCCAUCAACGAGACUAUACAAAACCAGCACGUUACUGCCAUCCUCGGAAUGAACGAGCCUGAACAGUCCGCUCAGUCGAACAUCACUCCUGCCGAAGGUGCUCAGAUGUGGAAAUCAUACCUGGAGCCACUGCGUGCACAGGGCGUUCGCCUCGGGAGCCCAGCACCGUCCAGCGCACCCUCUGGAAAAACGUGGAUACAAGACUUCCUUACCGCUUGCGAGGGCGGGUGUACCCUAGACUUCAUCGCUCUCCAUUGGUACGACGUGAAUGCGACUACUUUCGAAGCCUACCUUUCCGACUUCCACGAUACCUUUCAGCUCCCGAUCUGGGUAACGGAAUGGGCAUGCCAGAACUUCAACGACGUGAACGCGCAGUGUUCGUACGAGGACAUCGUGGCGUUCAUGAACGCGACGCAGGGGUUCAUGGACGCAUCCGAGUUCGUCGAGCGGUACGCAUGGUUCGGCGCGAUGAAGAACCUGCAGGGCGUGAAUCAAGAUGACGCGCUUAUGGACGGAAAUGGGAGGAUAGAUAACCUGGGGGAACAGUAUAUUGGUGCGACAGCCGGGUGCUCCCCGGUCCUCGCGAGCGCUUGGAGCGUACAAAUCGCGCUGGUGAUCAUUUCACUAUUUUCCAGCAUAACAAUAUUUCUUUGAUGACAUAGGGUUCCGGGUCGUCGAGUUCACGUACAGUCCACGGCGAUUAGUCUGAAAACUCCCUAUUAUCGAUCCUCUGCUCCUUCCCCCCCUCUUGUCGACGCAUAUGUAUUUCUAUUCCGCCAUCUACAAGAAGGAUUGAUUCCAUCACAAACUAUGUCACUACGAUCACCUCACAGCCUAAGCUGGGGUGUAUCACAUUAACAGCCCUAUUCGACAGAACUAAGCUCAUCUUGUUAAAUACUAUACCUUUACUUCGUAUAAGCAAGGGGUCACAUUUGAGGUUUAUAUAGAAAUUGUAGUUUCUAAUAGUCAUCAUGUCACCAAUGCAUGCCUC